GUAACAAAUUAUUAUUUUCCUUUUUUAUUUCUCCAACAAAAUGCGAAUUCCUUCGCCAGAAUGGUCAAGGAUGGUUAUUAAUUUGUAUCGAAGUCUUUUAAAAGAGGGUAGAGCUCUACGAUACACAGACAAAGGAUAUUACAGACAAGAAAUAAGGAAAGAAUUUGAAAGACAGAGAGAUGAAGUUGAUAUUGUCAAGAUUAAAGAUCAGUACGAGAAAGGUGUUUAUUUCAUAAAAACAAAACUUGGAGGGCUGCAGUGAUAAGGAAGAUCAUGUUGUGAUGACUAAUCCAGGAAGAACCUUUGAUAUACUCAGCAACAGCUGUAUUGCUAAUAAUAUCCUUGACCUUCUAUCAACUGGGGUGCGCCAAUAAAGAAGAGUGAAGUGAUCUUGAUGAAACAUUACAUAUGUCAGAUCUAUAAAAAAAACAUAUCAGAUGAAAGCACACUAAAGAGGUGCAUAUUUCAAUCUGUGGAUAGGUACUGCUGUAAUCUGCAGAGUUACAAACACAUGUGUGUYGACCUUGAMRAGGGUCACCAUACCKCCCCUAGGGGGUUUAUUUUYCUACAUGGAUAUACAGGAUUAAAAAUCUUCAAUGGACUCUUGUGUUCUAAUGACUGAUUUCUUUUGAUGUAUUUGCCUACAUAUGAGGUUAUAAUUCUUAUUGCAUUGAAUUGGAAUUGUGUGUGUUUUAUAUGAGGUAAACCAAAAUGCAAUAAUCCAUCAACGCAAGUACAGAAGCAUAUAGUUCAAGAGAAGCAAACUCGUCAGGUUUCAACAGACUUGACGGCUCACUGCGUCAAAUUACCGUUGCAUCAGUACARGGUUGAAGCCAAUCUGAGUGCUUUGGAACUUUUCCUCGCUAAUUAAAMCUAUGAACUGACUGAAAAUGGUCUGCAGAAUAUACAAGAUGUUUGUCUUUGCCCUGAUAUUAUCAGCUUUGACUGGUGUUUCAACAGCSAUCAACACAACAACACCUUCAACUACUGUAAAGCCAACAAAUGAAACUAUAAGGAUAGAAACACAAUCYCUGGAUUGUGCGCAAUUCAAGAUUUAUGCUAUCAACAACACCUUAAACAUUCCUUAUACUGUAACAUGCUGUUUAGGGAUAAUAUUUGCCUUCUACUUCAUUAUUGUAGGUUAUAAGAAUAACAAGGCCRUUCUAUUUCUAAUGUUUUUUUUUUUUGCAACUCUCAUAACAUUCAUCAUCCUCAAUGGACAUGUCUUUUUUUUUUUGUGGGGACUAAUAGCCAUCUCCUUGGCAGUGGGGCUAUUCUUUUUUUUUCUUACCACUUUUGUCAUUUACUGUGGCUUAUUUCUGGGUGGAUUUUUUUUUGGAUUUUUCACUGGAGUUUUGAUCUUCUUCAUUGUGGAGUACUUUUUUUUUGUGAAUAUUAAAUGGGUUCCAUUUGGAGUUCUUCUUGGUCUUUUUUUUUUUUUUGGAGUUUUGUCACUGAAGUUCCAGAAAGCCAUGUAUAUUUUUUUUUUUUCAGCAUUAGGUGGAGUACUUGUCGCUGGUGGCAUUGAUUACUUUUUUUUUGGAUUCACACUGUUAUAUUACACAUGGAACAGAAUAGUGGCCGGUGAUGGACAAAUAACUUGUUGGAUAACAUAUGUGAUACUUGCUAUUUGGCCAUUUCUUUUUGUUAUUGGAUGCAUAGUCCAGUUUGCAAAGACAGGGAGAAAAUUUGAUCAUUCAGAAGACAGUGUUACAUUACAAGGGGAAGAUAAAGCUAUGCAGAGAUACCGCAGCUUAAAUAUGAAUGGAGAUGUUGUGGCUAAGGUAAGAUAGCAAUAACUAUUCAAAAUACUCCACCAUCAGAUGGAUGGUCACUACUACCAGAAUCGAUUGCUUGUAUGCCUUUUGUGGGCAAGCUACCCUGCAUGUACAUAUUUUUUUUUUGCU